ACGUGGCGAGUUUGCAAUAUGGCCCCUGAGUAAUGCAAGAUCCGCAUUCCUCAUUUCUGUAUUUACUUUAUUCUGUUUUAUACCAAAACUUCACAUCAUGGGGUUGACGCAGAGCACAGACGUACCCGAAGGAGGGACAGAUGGAUACCACGUACACGGGGUUCAAGAAGGUUCCCCGGCUGAGAGGGCAGGAUUGGAGCCAUAUUUUGAUUUUGUCAUUGCUAUGGGGCAUACAAGACUGAACAAAGAGAAUGACACGUUGAAAGACUUGCUGAAGGCGAAUGUGGAGAAGCCUGUGAAGCUGGAGGUGUACAGUAUUAAAGCGAUGAGGGUGCGAGAGCUGGAGGUCGUGCCCAGUAACAUGUGGGGAGGCCAGGGGCUGCUGGGGGCCAGUGUCAGAUUCUGCAGUUUCCAAGGAGCCAGCGAACACGUCUGGCAUGUGCUGGAUGUCGAGCCCAAUUCUCCAGCAUCUCUAGCUGGUCUCCGUGCACAUACAGACUACAUAGUCGGAGCUGACCAGGUGAUUCAAGAUUCUGAGGAUUUCUUCUCCCUGGUGGAGUCCCAUGAGGGGAAGCCCUUGAAGCUGCUGGUCUACAACACUGAGACUGACCGGUGUCGAGAGGUUGUGGUUACACCCAAUGGAGCCUGGGGAGGCGAAGGAAGUUUAGGGUGUGGUAUUGGCUACGGAUACCUGCACCGAAUCCCAUCUCUUCCUGUAACACCAAAGACAGUCGAGGUCAAACCACCCUCCCCAGUGCCUGAAGAGAGUACCCCAGUGCCUGAAAAGAGUACCCCAGUGCCUGAAGAGGGUACCCCAGCCACAAUGCCAAGUAAUGGCUACACUGAGGUUGCCCUGCUUGCUCCUUCAGUACAGUCAGAAACCUUGGAGGAAGCAAUGACUCUGAAGCAGGAUAUACCAAGCCAGCCAACAGAGAUCUCUCCACUACCACCCCCUAUUCAGAGGGUCAUGGAUCCAGGUUUCAUUGAGAUGUCUGAAGCCUCUCUUCCUGAGCUCUCAGACCUAAUGCUGAAUUUGUCUUCCUCCGCUGGUGACGUGGCAGUCAGUUCCUUGCUAGGAGAAGGGUCAGUGUUGAAUGAUGAGCUUAACCCCUCUAUUGACAGGAAAGAAGCCAGUGAAAGGGUGGGGGGAAAUGGCCCCCUCCAGGUGAACUGCCCCAGAAAUUACAAGACAGAUGAGUCUGAAAGGUCUGCGCCAGAGCCUCUGCCUUCCUCAGUUGAACUGCCGCUCAAAGCCUCUGUGGUAGAGUCUGCAUUGGAGCAUGUUCUGGAGUCAACUGUCCCACAACUGAGCAGCCCUUCCACGAGGGACAGCCAGAGCCUGGUUCACACUGACAUGCCGAUACAGAAAGAGCAGAGUGGGGAGGACCUUUCCCAGCCGGAUAUUAGUGCAGAAAAGAGCAUGCAGCAAUAGGAGGUGUCUUUUAAUGAAAGCGUUGGCUUCCUUUGUUGAACUCAAAGCGUUGGGUGAAAGUUUAACACCCUGUCCCUUUUAAAGCCAGUGGGUGUGUUAAUUAACUGAGCGGCUCGGAGUGAGAAUUUCUCUCCUCACUGAUGAAACCUGCUGUAGCACUGAGCUUCUCGGGGGAAAUGAGCCUGCUGUUCAGUGGGUUCUUUCACAGGGCUGCUCGGAGCGGCUCCCUUACUUAACGCACCCAGCGUUUCAACAAUAUCAAUAGGUGAUACUGCAGUCAUUAUUUUGUUUUUAGGAUCAUAAGAGAAGGUUUUCAGAAUUCCACAAACAGACAGUGGGACAAACUGAGGUUCCGUUUUUAUGCAGGUCGGAGCGGUUUAUAUUUAAAUUACGAGAGAUGUGGAACAAUGUGGACUUUUUAAGGUUUGUUUUAUUUUUGAUAAAUUAGAUGAAGAUUUUUCCAUAUUCUAAAUGAAUCAAGUUUGCUUAAUUGUAUUGCCUAACAAAUGUUUUUGUUGUGCAGGCAUUAUCGGAUGGUGGGUCAGUGUUGAUUUUCCCUGGGAUUUCAAGGUUUCAGUGAAAGUUCAUUGCUUAUUAAGCCAAAGUCCUGAACUCUAUAUAGUAAUAUUGACGCGUGUACAGCUAUAGAUCUUGUUACGAUCUAAGCAAGUAUAUAAAAUUCUAAAAUCAAAAUAGUAUGUUUUAGUUUUAUAUAAUUAGUUUUAGUUUUUUUUUUUUUUUUUUUUUUUUUGAUGGCUGUAUUGUAUUACAAACUGUGUUAAAAUGUAAUAUUUUUAAAUUGCAGACUAUAUUGCUUAUAAAUAAUGCAGAAUUUUGGCAUUUCCAAUUGUUUUAAUGGUCAUAAUUUAUAAUGAGGGUGUCAGCUUCAACAACAUUACUGGGGAGUUGAUUCCAGACCCUCACGAUUCUCUGUGUAAAAAAGUGCCACA